AUGGCGGCGGUUAUCUGGUUUACGUUGCAACCCGAUGAUCGAAUACCAACUAAAAUAAAACAAGGUGAAAUCAUUCAUGUUGUCAUUGACGCUUAUGACAUGUAUGGUGAAAAGAGACAUAUCGGAGGAGAUUUUUUCUGUGGUGUAAUGUACAAUACGAAGUUGAAUAAGAGAACUAGUGGGAAGGUAGUCGAUUUCAGGAAUGGGACAUAUAGUGCAUAUUUUUACGCUGGUUGGCAUGGAUACGCCAAUAUAACAAUCACACUGUGGCAUACAAGGGAAGCUAAGCGUUGGAUAGACACAGUGUAUAGACCAAACGAACACCAUGUUGAUUGGCUUGGGCACUUCAAGAUGGGAGAUAGAUUAGAAAAAUCUUUAUGUCACGUCAUCCGGGAUGGAGUAUGGAAAAACAAAUGCGAAUAUCGGAACGAACAUGCCUUGGGGAAUACAGUAUUUAUAUGUGAUAGGCCGGCAACCUUGCCAUGUGACUCUCUACAUGUAGUUUAUUCCGUUAGACAGAGCCUGGGUGAACAUGUUGAUGACGUGCUCCAACCAGAACAGAAAUUUAUGUUCGAAAGAAUGACUGAUAUGCGUUUCAUUUCAUCCAGACCAUACUUGGCAACAGAUGUUUUUGGAAGUCCGAUGGGAGUUCAUAUCGAAGGCAAUUCGAAAGGAAAUAAAGAUGUUUUAAAUAGUCGUCCGCCGUGCCAGCCACGCCUUCCUGUAUACGUGGAGUCCAACGGUUGGUGGGAUGACCACACUUCCUGGACAUCACUUGUAUGUAGAACCAGUCACUGGACGAAUGACACAAUACCAGAAUGCCUAACAAACAAAACUGUUUACCUACUCGGAGAUUCAACACUCAGACAGUGGCACGAAUGUUUGACAGUAAUGAUGCAACAAAACGUUACUAAUAACUCAACCAAUCGUUUCUUCUCUGACACGCGGUAUAACAUUACACUGGAAUUUAUAUUCCAUGCCAUUAUGAUUGGUAGCCAUGUAGUCAACUUCCGGGACCAACAUUUUGAGACUGACGUCAUCGACAGCAUACAGCAGUGUAACGUUGUCAUAGUUUUGAGUCUGAGUUACCAUUUUGCUACUUGGAGUAAAGAAUCAUAUUUAGAACGACUACUAUGCGUUCAACGUGCAAUACAACGUCUUCAAUUACGAUGUCCAGGCGUGGAUGUCAUUGUGAAAAGUUCCCACCCUCGCGAUCACAAUACAGUGCAGUCACACAUACACAGCAGUGACUGGACGUUGUUUAACAUGAACAGGAUAAGUAGGGAAAUAUUUGAAAGGAUAGGUGUGGGUUUUAUCGAUGUGUGGGACAUGUCUCAGUCCCACGUUGCACAGAACAAUGUUCACAUGCCAAUCGAAUCAGUAAUACGACAACAAAUUGACAUAUUCUUGUCAUUUAUUUGUUCCAAAAGUCAUUAA